CUUUUGUUUUGGAAUUAGGAACUAGCUUUCUUUCUUUGCAUCACGUGCAUUCGGCAAAGACCGAAUCACAUUCCAUCCGCCCAGCCUCUUCUCCACUGUCCAAUCGUCUCAGAUUUGCAGUCCAGCAAAGUUUCUUACAAUCAUAUUCGACUCUCUUCUCGAAACCCGAUCCAUUGGAUCGGGCUUCUCUGUCUGUCUUUUCUUCUCAUUUCUUUUUCUUCUUUAAUCCCUUUUUGUGGCACCAACCCUAACGGACUCGAUCGAAUCUGCGGAAUAUCACAUUUUUGAAUUUGACGCAUUGUUUGUCCAAGGUUAGUCAAUUUGAAUUCGGAAUGAAGGAAAGAAAAUCAGCCAAGCUCAAAGUUCAGCAGCAAGAGAAGCAACAUCAGAACGACCACUUGUCCCCCUUCAAGUUCGCCAAAUUGCUUGAUCCGGAGGCGUCUUGGGAUAAGGAUCAAUUGGGAGAUGUAUUGCAUUGGAUUCGUCAAGUGUUAGCCCUAGUAUGUGGGUUGCUUUGGGGUGCCAUUCCCUUAGUUGGAGGCAUAUGGAUCAUUGUGUUCCUUCUGGUAUCUUCUGGAAUUAUAUAUUGUUAUUAUGCCAUGAUACUGAAGAUCGAUGAGGAAGAAUUCGGUGGCCAUGGCGCUCUUCUCCAAGAGGGGCUCUUUGUUUCUAUAAUGCUAUUUCUGCUUGUAUGGGUUCUAGUAUAUAGCUUGGCACACUUCUGAUUGGCUCGGUUCCUCUCCCCCCCUCUAUCUCAUCCCCGAGUGAUUCUUAAAUCAUUUAGCGCAGCUGUACAAGUCUUCAAGAACUACCUUGACAACAGUUUUGAAGCUUCCAUAAUUUCCAAUAGUUAGAUCUUCGUCUUCCAUUGGCAUCUAAGAUUGUGAAAUACUAAAUUUUGCAUUGAAUGGCCGUUAUAGUUUUCGGAUCACAGAACAUACAAGGACUUUCAAUAGUAUAUAAUAUUCUUCCUGUA